AUGCAUCGCCUCCCCCGGGCCUUGCUGCCGCUGCACCUCGUCCUGCUUGUGGCCGCGGGAACCCCCGAGCUGCCGGUGAGCGCACCGCGGAGCCUGGUGUGGGGACCAGGGCUGCAGGCGGACGUCGUUCUGCCUGUGCGUUAUUUCUACCUGCAGGCAGUCAACUCGGAGGGCCAAAACCUCACUCGCUCGCCCACAGGUCAAACACUAUUCAAAGUUGUAAUCAAAUCUCUAUCACCUAAAGAGUUAGUCCGGAUUCAUGCAUCUAAACCUUUGGAUAGGAACGAUGGAACAUUUUUGAUGAGAUAUAGAAUGUAUGAAAGUGUCAAUAAUGGACUAAAGAUAGAAGUUCUUUAUGAUGAUAAACAUGUAGCUCAAUCUCCCUAUAUUUUGAAAGGACCAGUGUAUCAUGAGUACUGUGAGUGUCCCGAAGAGGAUCCUCAGGCCUGGCAGGAAACCUUCUCAUGUCCAACCAAGGAACCACAAAUUGCAAAAGAUUUUUCUUCUUUCCCCAGCAUUAAUCUCCAGCAGAUGCUACAAGAAGUUCCCAAAAGAUUUGGGGACGAGAGAGGUGCCAUUGUUCAUUACACAAUUCUCAAUAACCACAUCUACAGGAGAUCUUUAGGGAAAUACACAGAUUUCAAAAUGUUCUCUGAUGAGAUUUUGCUGUCUUUGGCAAGAAAGGUCCUUCUCCCUGAUUUAGAAUUUUAUAUUAAUGUUGGAGAUUGGCCCUUGGAGCAUCGGAAGGUCAAUGAAACUCCUGGCCCUAUACCUAUCAUUUCAUGGUGUGGCUCUCUGGAUUCAAGAGAUGUUAUCCUUCCAACAUAUGACAUCACCCACUCCACACUUGAAGCAAUGAGGGGUGUUACUAAUGAUCUCCUCUCCAUUCAGGGAAAUACAGGACCUUCCUGGAUCAAUAAAACAGAGAAAGCUUUCUUCAGAGGCAGAGAUAGCCGAGAGGAAAGGCUUCAGUUGGUACAGAUGUCCAAAGAAAAUCCACAGCUACUAGAUGCAGGAAUUACAGGAUAUUUCUUUUUCCAAGAGAAGGAAAAGGAGCUUGGAAAAGCGAAGUUGAUGGGUUUCUUUGACUUUUUUAAGUACAAAUAUCAAGUGAAUGUCGAUGGGACCGUGGCUGCUUACAGAUAUCCUUAUCUCAUGCUGGGUGACAGUCUGGUUCUAAAGCAGGACUCGCCGUAUUAUGAACAUUUCUACACAGCACUAAAGCCUUGGAAACAUUAUGUUCCAAUUAAAAGAAAUCUUAGUGAUUUACUAGAGAAAGUUAAAUGGGCCAAGGAAAAUGAUGAAGAAGCCAAGAAGAUAGCAAAAGAAGGGCAGUUGACUGCUAGGGAUCUGCUACAGCCACACAGGCUUUACUGCUACUAUUACCAAGUACUGCAGAAAUAUGCCGAGCUCCAGUCCAGUAAACCCAAAAUACGUGAUGGCAUGGAACUUGUUCCUCAACCAGAUGAUAACACAUCCAUCUGCCAAUGUCUCAGGAAGAAGCCUUUAAGAGAAGACCUUUAA